GAUGAACCAACUCUAUCUGUGCAGUGACAAUUAGCAAAGAUAGAUUAAUACCAAAAUCUAUACCCAAGCAAUAGUACUAAUAGUUAAGGUGGGCUAAAAAGGGCAACAUUCCCUACAAGAGCCCAAUAAGCUUCCAGUCAGUUCCACUGAACUCACUGUGAGCAAUGGAAAAGAACAUAAAAAGGGCAACAUGCCGCCCUUUAGGAUUCUUCAUCUGUCAGACCAUGCUAGGAGAAGGGUCUUUCCAGUCUCGAUGUGUCGGACCAGGCCAGGAGAGCUUUCUCUCCAGUCUUGAUGUGUCAGACCAUGCCAGGAGACUGGGCUCUCCAGUCUAAAUGUGUCAGACCAGGCCAGGAGAUGGGUUCCUCCAGUCUCCUACGGAGUGUCUUGUUGUGGUGAAGGAGGCCAGACGAACGAUUAAGACCCCCCAGGUGGAGAGGUUUGAUGGGACUAAGCAUGGAGGGACCUUCUGGUGUUACUGUUGUGGAAUUGAAAUGGAGAGAAACGUCACCGACGGCAACGUGGUUGUUUUACACGGGGGCUUGUUGGAGCACAUGGCUACACCCGAACACAAGAAGAACACCCAGAGGUUUUGGUGGGAGUACAAGGCCGAUCCUAAACUUAUGGAUAAGGUCCUCAUCACAACCGAGGCCACUGACAGAUUUAAAGCGGAGGUGGACAAAGCGUUGGCCUCUUAUGUGGAGAAGGAGGAUACAGUCCUUCUACAGCAUACACAUAUGAUCCAGUGCCAGGAGAGGCAUCGCCUGGAGGUUCUUCAGUCCUUUACAGAGCCUGAGGUUGAGCAGGAGCUGUCGAACGGAGGUCCGAGUCAAGGGACGCCUGUGGAGGAGGCUGCUAGACCUCUGGGAUCAAAGGAGCGCGCCGGGCCCAGCUGGGUUAAAGCAAAGGCUGAUGGGGUGGGACCAGGGAAAGGCCUGACGUUCAUUGGUCAUCAGGAUCCUUCAAACGAUGGAAAUGUUCACACAGGGGCCCUCCCCCCAUGGCUUCAAAGUGAUCCACUAAAGGAGGGUUCAGAAGGAGCAGAGGUCGGCCCAAGCCUCCAAGACUUCCUCAAGCACAAAGAGCAGGAGAAGGUUAAGAAGCUUCCUCCUAACCGAGUGGGAGCUAACUUUGACCACAGCUCCCAGACCAACGCAGACUGGCUGCCGUCGUUUGGCCGCGUGUGGAACAGUGGGAGGCGAUGGCAGUCGAGGAACCAAUUUAGAGAAGAAGAAGGUAAAAAGAAGAGAGAAAAGCAGGGAGAAUCCGGGGACUCGAAGAGAAUGAGGCCCAAUCCAUAACAGCAAAGCUUAUAACCAUUGGCCUGCCUUGAGGACGUCCAUACACUCCACGAUAUGGAUAUGUGUAUAGGUUCUACAGUUUGAAUUAUUUUACAGCAGAACUCCUGCAGACUUAACUAACUUAAUUUUACUAGUAGAUUCAGUGGAAUAAAGUGAUUGGAAAUCUG